GUGUGAUGGCAAAUGUGUAUAUAAUAUAUGCUUUGCAGUCCCAAUUGAUCAUUCACUUAACUCUCUAAUGUCAACAUGGAAGAAAUAUCAACCCCCUCUUCGAAAAGCCUCCAGAAUUUAUAUCCCGACCAUCGAGCUCUACCUCAUCCGUAUAUUUGUGAUGAAGAAGCUCUACCUCCAUUCCCCACUGUGCACGCCGCUUUCUUCCAACAUGCCCAACUUCGUCCACUUAACACCGCACUCAUAGAUCAUAGCUCUACGCCAGAGCGCAAACUGACCUACGGUGAAUUGGCUCGGCAUGCGUCCGAAAUAGCCGACCAAUUGAUUUCCGCAGGCGUUAAGGAGAACCAAAGAGUUCCCCUUGUCAUACACCGGAGCUUGGAAAUGGCCGUUGGUAUUCUUGGCAUAUUGAUGGCUGGUGCUCAAUACAUACUACUUGACAGUGGUUAUAUACAAGACAAGAAAUUCUCUUCCAUAUUGAGCGAUUUAGACGGCAAUACACCGAUCGUGACGACAUCUACUCUAUCGACAAGAGUCAGAUUGGAUGGCUCAUCUCGUCGAACUCUUCUUGUGGAUAUAAUUAUAGAGUCUCGUUUGACGACACACAGCUCUCCAAGUCCGGUUUCAUCGCAGUACUCACGGGGGGAUGGGUCUUCGGGAUGUUAUGCAAUCUAUACAGCAGGGCCCACAAACCACAGCAGAGGAGUAGAUGUUACACACAGCAAUGCGGUCAAUUUGCUUUGCCAGUCUCCUGGAAACCUUGGAAUGUCUCCCGGCGUCAAGGUCGGAUCUGUUCAGCCACUGGGUUCUGAUAUGGGUGCAUGGGAAAUACUAGGUGCGUUCUGUAAUGGAGCGAUCCUCGUUAUGAGAGGCUCAGAUUGGGUAGAAACUCUUCGCGAAAUUGAAAUACUCGUUGCAACUCCUACGAUACUUGCGAGGUUCGACCCUCAAGACUACCCAAACAUCAGAGUAGUCGCGUCGAGAGGCGAUCAGAUGCUUCAGAGUACUGCCGACACAUGGGUAGAUGCAAAUAAGACAUUACUCAUUGGGUACGGCACCCCAGAAGUGACUAUUGUGAACACACUCAGCAAACACACAUCCGGAAUGCCAGUAUGUAUGGGGCGUCCCACGCCAAAUAACACCAUAUACAUACUAGACGAGAAUAAACUUCAUGUGAACAUGGGCAAAGUUGGUAAGAUCUGGGCUGGAGGCAGCGGUGUCGCCCGAGGUUAUAUUGGCACGUCUGAGUUGAAUGUCCAGUGGUGGUGGGAAGAUCCGUUUAUCAAUGAUGGGUUCGUUACUCCUAAUCGGGCUGAUACAGUGCAUGCUGAUAGAUGCACUAGUUCGAUGAUGUUCAACACCGGCAAUCUAGGCUAUUGGCUUCGUGAUGGUUCCUUGCAGACCAUCAGGCGACAGGACGAUCUAGUGAGGAGCAAGGAGGUUCAAGUCGAGCUUGAUAGAGUCGUUACAACUCUGCUUGCUUGUGAUGGAGUAAGCGGCGCUGUGGCAAUAUUCUAUGAGAAACAACUUCAUGCCUUCAUUACCCCGAGCACAUGUUCAGUUGGAGAUGUCAUGAAUGAAGUAAAGAGGACGCUCCCUCGUUAUGCCGUGCCACAAUUCUGUAUUCCGAUCGACCAGUUUCCACAAACGCACAAUGGUAAAGUCGACCAAGAUGCUCUCAGGAGUCUUGUGAAAGACUUAGAUCAAGCGUAUGACAACUGUGUCAUGACUACAUCCGAUCGAUCUCCUUUUUCUACCAAGGCAUCGACUAUCAACGGGGACAGCUACUCUUUACCUGAAAAGCAGAUGGUCAAAUAUAUCAAUUCUACGACCACUGACGGCGAUACCGAACUUCCCGUACCCGCUAAAAACUGGCCAAAAUGGGCUAGAAACCUGCGUCUGCGUAUAUUCAUUGUGUACCGCACAAUCUUUACACUCGUAUGGCUAUCUAACGUCGCGGCUUUGGUUUGCCUUCUUUCCUUGGACGCUAAUACUUCCAUCUGGCUUGGUCGACUGGCAUACAUCAACCUCACAAUCGCAGUCUUGAUUCGGCAAGACCAUGUUGUCAACGUCCUAUACUCUAUUGCAUGUGCGAUACCUCAAUCAUGGCCAGCUUUUAUUCGAUUGCGUGCUGCAAAGAUCUACCACUUCGGAGGAACCCAUUCCGGAUUUGCGAGCUGCGCAAUUGCGUGGUACACUGCGUCGCUAGUCGUGAGUGGAUGGACGAGAGUCAACGUCCAAACAGCUACGACUGGCUCAGUUCCUUGGCUUGUCCUAUCUUUCCUCGCCCUAGGACUACUCUUCGGUGUUGCUGGAGUGGCCUAUCCACGCUUCCGAAAGGUCAACCACAACAGCUUCGAGCUGAUACAUCGCUUUUUCGGGUGGUCUGCACUGAUACUCAUCUGGAUUACGACGCUCCUACUCGUCCGCGACAACCGUAAAGCAUGGCCAGAGUCACACCCGAAUUCCACAUCUACACCUCCAUACGUCGACGCAGAACUCAUGUCCGACCACGCCGUGCGCCUCCACUUCUCCUACACCGUCCCCGUCAACGGCUCGUUCGUCCGCAUCUCGACUCGCCCGCUCCUCGAAUGGCACUCCUUUGCCCCAAUCCCCGCACCCGAAGCCGUCAACGGCCGCCCCAAAGGCUUUAGUCUAAUCGUGAGCAACGCCGGCGACUGGACUCGAGACAUAAUCUCGAAGCCGCGCGCCGAGAUCUGGGUUCGUGGCGUGCCGACUUGCGGCGUCAUGCGCGUUGCCCCGCUCUUCCGCUCGCUCAUACUCAUUGGCACAGGCUCUGGUAUCGGGCCUCUGCUCGGCUUCAUACAGCGUCCGACGUGCCCAUAUCGCCUGAUCUGGAGCACAAAAGACCCUGUCAAGACAUUUGGACAAGAUAUCUGCAAUACUAUCAUGAGGCAGGACCCGAACGCAAUCAUCUGGGAUACGCGGGCGAGGGGAAGGCCAGAUUUGGUAGCGUUGGCGUGGAGAGAGCGGGAGAAGUUUGGGGCGGAGGGAGUGUUGAUCAUUGCGAAUGAGAAGAUUACGAAGAAGGUGGUGUAUGGGUUGGAGAGUCGUGGGGUGCCGGCGUUUGGGGCGAUUUGGGACUCUUGAAGGAGUGUGUUGCGAUUUAAGGGGAAGGUUGUCUGUUUGGUGCUGUAAUUGUAGACAGGGGUACCGGGAUAUAUCUCUUUUGUAAUGGCCUCCAAGGUACGAGACGUGGGUAUGGUUUUGUAACGGAAGUCUUCCGCAUGUUC